GCGCAUUCCAACGAACGGAGCCGUCCGGCGCUGCCCUCCUCGACUCGCUCUCUCUGCUGCCCUCAGCGCUCUCUCUGCUGCCCUCAGCUCUCUCUCUGCUGCUCUCUCUCUCGCCCUCGUCUCUGUCUCUCUGCUCUCUCUGCUGCCCUCAGCUCUCUCUGCUGCCCUCAGUUCUCUCUCUCUGCUGCCCUCCGCGCUCUCUCUCUCUGCUGCCCUCAGCGCUCUCUUUCUCUGCUGCCCUCAGCUCUCUCUGCUGCCCUCAGUUCUCUCUCUCUGCUGCCCUCAGCGCUCUCUCUGUCUCUCUGCUGCCCUCAGCUCUCUCUGCUGCCCUCAGCUCUCUCUCUCUCGCCCUCGUCUCUGUCUCUCUGCUGCCCAGGAGCCGGCACCCCCCCCCCCCCGGGCCAUCUCCCCCCAAACCCCCGAGCUCUGUCGGCGCCUCUCGCUCGCCCACCACCCCCUGGACCCCCCCCCCCCCCACAGCGCGCCGCACUCCGCGCCUCCAGCCCCGGGAGUCGAGCCGCUUCCUGCUGAGUGCUCAGUCCGACUCGGCUCCAGGAGGUGCUGCUGCUACGCUGGGGGGCGACUUGACCGAUUCCGCGUCGCGUGCUCAGAGGGACCCGAGACCCCAGAGGGUGUGAGUCAUUGGGAAGGAAGCGUCUCGGCGUGAGAAGACAUCACACCCUCAGCAACAACAACAUCAACAACAACAUCACAACAACACAUCAACAACAUCAACAUUCAUCAUCGGCAGCGUCAUCAUCACUGUCAGCAAGCAGGAUAUAUUAGCAGUCGCAACUGAAUCAUAAGCAUCAAGAAUCACGAGAUUUAGUCAGAGCGUAGAAUACGCAGCGGCAUCGUCAACAUCAUCAUCCGCAGCAGCAGCCAGUGGCAAUCUUAGCAGCAUAAUCAACAUCAUCAUAAUCAGCAGGCCGCCAUGGGCAAGCAGAACAGCAAGCUGGCGCCCGAGGUGCUGGAGGAUCUGACGAAGAGCACCGAGUUCAACGAGCACGAGCUGAAGCAGUGGUACAAGGGCUUCCUCAAGGACUGUCCCAGCGGGCGCCUCAACCUCGACGAGUUCCAGCAGCUCUACGUGAAGUUCUUCCCGUACGGAGACGCGUCCAAGUUCGCCCAGCACGCGUUCCGCACCUUCGACAAGAACGGCGACGGCACCAUCGACUUCCGGGAGUUCAUCUGCGCCCUGAGCGUCACCUCGCGCGGAAACUUCGAGCAGAAGCUCAACUGGGCCUUCGAGAUGUACGACCUGGACGGCGACGGCUACAUCUCUCGCCGCGAGAUGCUGGAGAUCAUCGAGGCCAUCUACAAGAUGGUGGGCACGGUGAUCAUGAUGAAGAUGAACGAGGAUGGCCUCACCCCCGAGCAGCGCGUCGAUGCCAUCUUCAGCAAGAUGGAUAAGAACAACGACGACCUCAUCUCGCUCGCCGAGUUCACUGAGGCGGCCAAGAGCGACCCCUCCAUCGUGCUGCUGCUGCAGUGCGACGUGCAGAAGUAGGCGGCGGUAGCGGCGGCGGUGGCGGCGGCGGCGGUGGCGGCGGUGGCGGCGGCGGUGGUGAAGGUGGUGGCGGCGGUGGUGGCGGCGGUGGUGGCCUGCCGAGAUGCCGCCGUCGAACGCAAGCGAUGCACGCGGCGGCCCUGCCACGGCGUCGAGUGCACGCGCGCGUUCACGCACAUGCCUGUGUGAGUGUGUGUGUGCAGACACGUGUGUGUGCAGGCACGUGUGUGUACAGGCACGUGUGUGUACACGCGCGUGCACGCCGCGGCCCUGCCACGGCACUGAGCGCACGCGUGCGUACGCUCGCGUGCAUGCACGUGCGUGCGUGUAACCUGUACAUGCGUACACAUGUGUAGUGUGUCUGUAUGUAUGUUGAAUUUCUUUCGAACCGUACGUAGCCAACCGUGCUCAUCGGAGGUGCGUGUGUACACGUGUACAGUGUACCUGUACACGUGUACAGUGUACCUGUACACGUGUACAGUGUACCUCUCUAUAGUGUACCUGUAGAUGUGUGUAAACCUGUGUAGUGUACCCCUGUGCACAUGUGUACACUUGUACACUGCACACGUUUACACCUAUGUAGUGUAGGGGUACACACGCGUGUACAUCUGUGUAAUGGAGCUGUACACGUGUGUAUACCUGGACCUGUGUACCUGUGCAUGUUUACACCUGCGUACCUGUACACGUGUAUAUCUGUGUAGUGUACCUGUAUGCCUGUACACCUGUGCGCCCAUACACGUGUACACCUGUGUGCUUGUACACGUGUACACCUGUGCGCCCAUACACGUGUACACCUGUGUGCUUGUACACGUGUACACCUGUGCGCCCAUACACGUGUACACCUGUGUGCUUGUACACGUGUACACCUGUGUGUCCAUACACGUGUACACCUGUGUGCGUGUACACCCACCUGUACGCGCAUGAUUCCCCGUCCCCUUUUGCCCAAUUCCAACCUCCCCCUCCCUCCCUCCCACCCCUCCAAAAUGCGCACCUGCCACUGCACGCAUUCCUCACCAGGUGAGCUUGCCCUCACCAGGUGAGACGAGGGUGAUGGCCCGUUUACACUUAAAAAGCAACUCCUUUAGAGUCGCAUUUUGCACAAAAGGUUAAACUUCUAUGUAUGUAUAUACAGAGACAAAAACAGCCGCACACAAAGACACCCUCUCGUACAGCCUUCAACACACUGUUGGGGUGGGUGGCCAGCACCACGCCGGGCCGCCUUUGUCUCCCCCAGUGGCGAUGUUUUACACCCCGCACCAGGUACUCAUAUAAGGGUUGACCCUGGAUAGUGCCCAGGUCCGGUUCAGAUUUUCGUCACCGGUGUUGGCCGUGAGCGAGAAGUGAACUCUGGUCGCACACAUACACACACGCACUAACACAUACACACACACACGUACACACACACACGAACACACACACGAACACACACACGCACGUACACACACACGUACACACACACACGUACACAUACACACACAAACACGUACGCACACACGCACGCACGCACGUACACACACACACGCACUAACACACACACGCACUAACACACACACGUACACACACGCACUAACAAACACACGCACGAACACACACACACGCACGUACACACACACGCACUAACACAUACACGCACACACACUAACACACGCACUAACACAUACACGCACUAACACAUACACGCACUAACACACGCACUAACAGAUACACACGCACUAACACACACACGCACUAACACACGCACUAACACAUACACGCACUAACACAUACACACGCACGUACACACAGCGACAAGGAACCUUGGUAGAAGCCCCACCUCCCCGGUCUACCCCUGCCCUGCCCCUGCCCCUACCCCUACCCUGCCCCUACCCUGCCCUGCCCCUACCCCUAUGGUUGGCCCCCGUGUUCCCACUGCUCCCCUUUCAUCCCCGUGACCCCCUCGCCUCCCCCCCAAGAGCCCCCUACCGCGUUGAACCCACCUGCCCCCGCCCCGUAAACCCCCCCACCCGCCCCGUGCCCCCCCCACCCGCCCCGUGCCCCCCCCCACCUGCCCCGUGCCCCCCACUCGCCUCGUGCCCCCCACCCGCCCCGUGCCCCCACCUGCCCCGUGCCCCCCAGAAGCGUUGCCACGUGUUGUGCAUGCGUGCCACGCGCACACUGUUUGUGUAACUGCCAAGUGAUCGACUAAUUUCUUUAUGUCCCAUAUCUCGACGUAAUGAUUACGAUUAUUAUUAUGAUUACUUUUUGAGUCGUGUUUUCUAUCGUGGCGAUAUCGUAGCGCUGUACAAAACGUACGAAGAAGGCGUUUGGUGGUGGUGACGGUGACGGUGGCUGCGUCGUGCUACUGAUCGUUCUCCUCGGAGUGGCCCCUCUCUCUCUCUUCCUCUAGCAGGCGGACAAUGUCCGUCUCUCCCCGGCUCUCUCCCCGACUCCCCGACUCUCAGAGUCUCCCUGGCUCUCGCUUCUCUGGAUCUCUUCCUGGCUCUCAAAUCUGUGUGACGCUCUCCCUCCAACUCCAUUGGCUCUCUCCACACUCUCAAGAAUUGUCCGGGACUCCUUGUCCUGGCUUUCCAACUCUCUAAGUAAUUCCUGCCUCUUGGACUCCACAAUUCUCACGACUCUCUCAUCUCGCAGUCUCUGUGCUCCGUCUCUCUGCGUGGCUCUCUUCUCUCCGUCCCCUGACAACGAAUUUGUCUCUUCCCCUCUGCGACCGCUUCCCCUUUCGUCUCUCCUCGCCUCUCCGCUCCACCACCUCCCUCCCUCUCUGCCCUCUGUCGCGAACACGUUCAGCGCAACGCAAGCGUCUCCAGCAACGCUUACGAAGCAGGAGAUUUGUGUGGGCGGAGGGAGGAAAGGAGGUUCCUGGCCCGCUGGGGCAACUUACGAGCAACUUUUGCCGGCAACUUUCACCGCCGGCAGCUGGCACUGGCAAUGCUUUUAUUGCCGCAGCAUUUCAACCGUUGCAAACAAAAUAUGCCGUUGCCCAAAAUGGGUACAAAUCCAAAUCACAGCGGCCCUGAGUGGGAUACGUGGGGCGGCAGCGAGAGAGAGAGAGAAGAGAGGGGAGCAGAGACUCCGGCCUGGGCUCGAGGUGACAGCUUCAGGUGUGGAUGUGAUGGCGUGGUGCUUGGUGUGUGGAGGUGUGACGGCAUGCUGCGAUUGUGUGAUGGUGUGAUGGCGUGAUGUGACGCUAUGGUAUAACGUGAUGGCGCGGUGCAAUGGUGUGAUGGGCCGUCACAUGAUGGGCAUCUUGAGCCAGUCUCUAAGCCCAACAUUUGCUGGGAUGACCACAAACACACACUGACACAUACACUGACACACACACACUGAUACAGACACUGAGACUGACACACACUGACACACACUGACACACACUGACACACACACAGACACACACACACACUGACACACACACUGACACUGACACACACACUGACACACACGCUGAGACACACACACGCUGACACUGACACACACGCUGACGCACACACUGACCGCUGUGAAUGGCCGGAGCAGGAGCAUUGAGUCUCAGACUCAAUUGAUUUGCCAGCCACCUUCAGUUGCCAUUCGCUCUCAGUGAAAAGGCGUUGCCGCCAUGGGGUGACAGGUGCCGCCAUAGGGUGACAGAUGCCGCCAUGGGUUGCCAUAACAUUUCCCGAAGCCAGGAGGAGAGGAGAGACAGGAAGCAGAGUGGAGAGGAUUGACUUUGUAUUCUGUCCAAUUCCAGUUCUGAAGAAUAUCAGAAUCAGAAUAUGUAUUGACACUGGAGGAAUCCGAUCAGCUUUCAAGAUGUUCCCACAGAUGUCCAGUCGGGGCACGGGGUACGGACGUUGCAACAAAAUGCGUUGAUGCGCUAGUCCCAAAAGCAGCUGGUACAGGAUCCAAAAUUACGUGAGAGGCAGAGAGAGAGAGAGCGGAGGGGAUGGAGGAGGGUGGAGAGAGAGCGACGAGGUGAGCGAGUGAGAAGUUGAGAUGCAAGGCAGAGGAGAUCGUAGGUGGGAGGGAGAGAGGACAGAGAUGGGGGGGGGGCAGAUGAUGGGGAGCGAAAUGGAGAGAAGGCAGAAGUUGGUGAGGGUGAGAGGGGAGGGUGAGAGGGGAGGUGAGAGGGGAGGAAGAGAGGGAUGAGUGAUGAACAGGGUGGGGAGAGAGAGACAGCGAAGAGAGAGUGAAGAGAGGGAGAGCAAGGAGAGAGCCGAGAGAUGGGUGGAGACGCCGGGAUGAGAGAGGAGGAGGAGCUCGGGAGGGAGUCGCGAUUUUUGCGUCGUGAUGAGGCUCCACCACCAGCAGCACCACCACGACCACCACCACCACCACGACCACCACCACCACCACCACCACGCCAGCUUCACCGUCGCUGUCGCCUCCGUUGCCGCUCUUGAUGGAUCUGGUCUCUUGGAGCAACACGCGCGCGGAGAGAUCAGCUUGGCGCUUGUGGUGACGGAGGUGAUGGUGGUGGUGGUGAUGAUGGUGAUGAUGAUGGUGAUGAUGGUGAUGAUGGUGAUGAUGAUGGUGAUAAUGGUGAUGAUGAUGGGUCGCGCCCGUUUGCAUGAACGCGCGACGGGAAAAAAAAAACUGUUCCGUGCUCGUGUCACGUGUGAGUGGCAUGCUCGUGAUAAAUAACCUCGUGUGACCUGACCUUGACCCCGCUGGACCUGACCCCCCGGGAAAACCGUUCACCCCCUCCCCCCGGGUCUUACCUGAUGGGGACCCGACCUGACGUGACCCUGACCCUGGGCAGAGUUGAUAACUGACCUGAAUUGACCUGACCCUGACCUCGAGUUGACCUGACCCUGACCCCCCCGCCCCCUCCCCACGCGCGAACUUUCCGCUCGGCGACUGUUGGCGCGUACGGCUCCCGCGGGUCGCGCUGUUGUGUCUGAAUAAAAUAACACCCAGAUGGCA